AACGUUGCGUCUCCCAGAAACAUUCAUGUUUGGUUUACGUGGCUAUUAGCAGUGUUUUCUCCGGGAAGUUGUUAUUAACACGUCGAAAGUUGCAUGUUCGUCUGUCGUUUAAAGAAGCGGACAUGAGUGGUGAAGUUGCGGCACAUUCAAGAAACUCCUCACUUGGGGGAGGGCCAUCAAUGAUAGGAAUGAUAAGGGCCAGGAAACUCGCCGUAAAAAUUAAAAAGCGAGCCCAGUUUUUAGUAGCUGAUAGAACACGAAGGGAAAACGCGGGAAGGACAGCUGUCAUUCACUGGGAUUUCCCAAGAAAUUUCCGCCGUGAUGAGCCGACAACGAGACUAAACGUUCCAAGUGGCAGAUCCCCACCGUCUUCGCGUUCUCCCAGUGUAUCGUCACGUUAUGGUUACACACACCCAAGUCAAACGCCAAAAAACAGUUACCGACUAGAACCGGUUAGCCGUUUCUCCGAGCCAAAAGUCAAAGAAGUUAUCGAAGACGUGUUAGAUCAAAAUCUUCACGGCCAAACCUAUGAGGCAGUAUUUUGUAAGGAAAUGACCAAAAAACUGUCUGAUACAAUAAAACAACGAGUCAAGAUCCUAGGAUUUUCACGGUACAAGUUUAUUUGUAUUGUACACAUGGGACAGGUUCAUAACCAAGGAAUGCGAAUCGGCAGUCGAUGUCUUUGGGAUCAGAAAUUUGACAAUGUCGCUGAGGGAUACUUUAGGAAUGGCGACCUAUUUGCAGUUGCUACGGUUUUCGGUGUGUACUGUGAGUAACUCGUAACUUAUUAUACUGAAGUUUGGAAGCGCCCGGGUGCAAACUAAAAAUAUUUCAUUGUUAUUCCUCAUCGCUCUCGUCUAAACAUACUUCUGAAAACAACUUUUCUAUCUGAGUCUGGCAGGUAUCUUAUUAUAAAAGCAUCGAUAGAGGGCGAGAUUCGAAAUUCGUGUUCUGAAUGCAAAUUUGCAAGCGAGUCGAUUUGAAUACAAUUUACUUGGAAACACAAUAACGAAUAUUCAAACAACAAUAACUUACAAACAGUUAUUAUGCCAUUGAAACAAUGACUUAAAAUACCUCCUCGAGAUUUUAGCUUUCCUGUUGUGGACGAAGAAAAAGAAGUUUGUUAUCAGCUGGUUUAAUCCGUCACGCGAUCAGAAAUAGUUCUUAGCAGGCUGACGAAUUGAAAUGUAUGAAUAGUAUCAACUUCGUCGGACAGACGAGAGGCUUGCAAAAUAAACGCGCAAGUUUACUCACUGACACCAUAGUUAGCUGUUAAUAGAUUGUCUCUGAAAAGCUAGUUCACGCAUACAGAUUUUCAUAUCAUGUAUAGUAAAUAAAAGCGUCAUG